UCAACAGCCACACCCCCCUCCCCCCCCGGCGCGAGAAGAGAGAGAGAGAGAGCGCAAUGGCCGUAUCAAGCUGCUCUAGGGUUUUACCCAUCUUCGAGUGCCGGUCCGACCCCGAAUACUCCACCAACUUCCGCCCCGAAUACCCCAGCUACGGUGACCGUAACUCGGCUCCGCCACCGGUUCGUAAAUCUCUCUCCGCCUCGUUCGACGGCUCGCCCGGUUCCCUUUCCUCUCUGAUCUUCAAGUUCCCUCCCAACUUCGAGCGCCAGCUCAGCACCAAGGCCCGGAGGAACUGCAGCAACAUCGGCGUCUCUCAAAUCGUCGCCGCCUCGUGGUCCACCAAUCCGCCCCCCGCUGCCUCCGCCUCCGCCGGUGCUCCUCCGAUCCAUGUGGAGGACUCGGCGGCGGCUGUUGGCGGCGGCGAUGAUUCUUGUAAUUUAAACGGUGUACAGUUGUCUGGUCUGGCUGGUUCGAAGAAGACUGCCGAUUUUUUGAGCUUCGAUGGGAGUGUCGCUGUUCAUGCUGGUGAAAGAUUAGGUCGUGGCAUCGUUACUGAUGCAAUCACCACCCCUGUUGUUAAUACCUCUGCCUACUUCUUCAAGAAAACUUCCGAGCUUAUUGAUUUCAAGGAGGGACGACAUGCAAGUUUUGAGUAUGGGCGUUAUGGAAAUCCAACCACUGUUGUUGCAGAAGAGAAGAUAAGUGCACUUGAAGGUGCUGAAUCAACACUGUUAAUGGCAUCUGGAAUGUGUGCCAGCAUUGUAAUGUUUAUGGCACUGGUUCCAGCUGGUGGGCAUAUUGUGACAACCACAGAUUGCUACAGGAAGACAAGGAUUUUCAUUGAAACUGUUCUCCCCAAAAUGGGGAUCGAGGCCACUAUCAUUGACCCUGCAGAUGUGGAUGCUUUAGAACAUGCACUUGAUAAGAAUGAAGUUACUCUUUUCUUUACGGAAUCACCAACAAAUCCAUUUCUCCGGUGUGUUGACAUUGAGUUGGUUUCAAAGCUUUGCCACAGUAAAGGAACGUUGGUCUGUGUUGAUGGAACAUUUGCAACACCUUUGAACCAAAAGGCCCUUGCUCUUGGUGCUGAUAUUGUUCUGCAUUCUGCAACAAAAUAUAUUGCAGGCCACAAUGAUGUUCUUGGUGGUUGCAUCAGUGGAUCUGAGAAACUUAUCUCUGCAGUUCGUACUCUCCAUAACAUUUUGGGUGGUGCUCUUAAUCCGAAUGCCGCUUAUCUGAUCAUUCGAGGCAUGAAGACACUGCAUCUUCGUGUACAGCAGCAAAACACAACAGCAUUGAGGAUGGCCAAACUUUUAGAGGGACAUCCCAAGGUAACUCAAGUUUAUUAUCCUGGUCUUGUUAGUCACCCUGAACACUAUGUUGCCAAGCAACAAAUGACUGGUUUUGGUGGUGUGGUUAGUUUUGAGAUUGAUGGGGACCUGAUGAAAACUGCGAAGUUCAUUGAUGCCUUGAAAAUUCCUUACAUAGCUCCUUCAUUUGGUGGCUGUGAGAGCAUUGUAGAUCAGCCUGCAAUCAUGUCCUACUGGGAUCUUAGCCAAUCAGACAGAGCUAAGUUUGGGAUUAAGGACAAUUUGGUUCGAUUUAGCUUUGGAAUUGAAGAUUUUGAAGACUUGAAGGCUGAUAUCCUUCAGGCCUUGGAGACUAUAUAAGGUCAUCGCCUUCAUUUUAUUUCCCCAGCCUAAAACCAUACCCAUCUGAUUCUUAGCACGUGUAAGGGAAUGAUAUAUUAUGCUUUAUAUGUUUCUGUUCCAGGAUCUAUUCACUAAAUGCUUAACCUAGCCUACUAACUAUGAUGAUUUUGUUUUAGUCUAAAAUAUCUUUUCAUACAAUUCUUUCGUGUCCUAUUAUUAUUA